AUGACCCAAUAUUGGCCAGCAGAUAUUAAGGACAGCAACAGGGAUUAUGAGCAGGACUCGAAGACGGUGCCACGCUGGCAUUUGGCAGCGUUGACGUGGCUAGCAACGGAGCCACGCCGAGAGAGGCCCACCGGUGCUCAGGCGGCCGAGUUCGGACACUUGCCCGACAACAUUACCGUGCUGGAAGGAGAAAGCGUCGUUUUGAGAUGUAAGAUAGACGAGGAGGUCACUCACAAGGCAUGGUUGAACCGCUCCAACAUCUUAUUUACGGGCACAGAUAAGUGGUCCCUGGACUCCCGCGUCUCCCUGGUGAACAACAACAACAUGCCGGCCCGGAUAGUGAACAUCUCGCAGGAUAAAUCGGUGAAUGAAGGCGAUGACGUGAAUUUUUUUUGCCUGGCGGUGGGCAGACCGGAGCCGACGGUCACCUGGAAGGACUUCAAGUAUGGUCUCAUGAGUGAAGGCGAAUUUCUGGAAAUCACAGAAAUCAAGCGGCAUCAGGCGGAGGAAUUUGAAUGCAUCACCAACAACGGCGUGGCGCCGCCAGACACGCGCCGCGUCAAGGUCACAGUCAACUAUCCACCAGUAAUCACAGAAGUAAAGAACAUGCCCGCCCAGCUGGGAAAAACUGCAAUCUUACGCUGUGAAGCUAUGGCAGUGCCCACCGCGUCCUUUGAAUGGUAUCGGGAUGACCGAAGGCCGGUAGAGAGUGAUAACACGCUGAAGAUUAAAAACGAAAAAACACGUUCCCUGCUGCUCUUCACCAACGUCACAGAAAAACACUUUGGCAACUACACCUGUUUCGCCUCCAACCGCCUCGGGGCUUCCAAUGCCAGCAUGUUACUCUUCAGGCCUGGGGCCGUGUACGGUGGAGUGGCGUCUCUGAACGGUCGUUUAUCAGGAGUCGGCCUGUGGUUCUGCCUCUCCAUCUCUGUUCUGAUGAAGGUCUAAAACUUUCCCACUUUGGAAGGAGUCUUUAAAUACGAACCCAUCACUGUGAACAAAAUGAAAUUAUGCAUUAAUCCAGGAGCCAUUGCUACAUCACUCUGUCAUUCCUUCCUAUUCCCAUUCAUGCCCGGUCGCGUAUCACCGCUUCACUUCUCCCUCCCGUCGCCAACGAUGGUCACCUUUUAUCGUCCAAACCUGAUAUGUGAUGCAAAUGAUGUGAACGACAAGUGUAAUGCCAGUUGGGUGUCUCUUGAUGUGCGUGCUGGACAUGCUGGUUGUAAAGUGACGUGUCGAUGAUGACGGUUGCGAUGUUCGGGUGACCCUCUUGAAGCUGUUUGUGGCAGUUCACCAGUGGGCCCGUCGGCCGUUGAUCCUCGGAUCCCGACGCAGAGAUCUGAGCUGAACGGUGGUGCAUUCUGACAUGCGUAGCUACUAUGAAUGAUGUCAAACCACAUGUUUUCUUUCUAGCAAGGAGGGCCGUGUCAUCUCGGCCCUUUGUUUGCGUUAGUUUGGGCUCUCGACCCAAAGCAAACGCCUGACCCACGUCCAGCCCUCAUAUUGUCCUCAGUCUGUCCAUCACUCAGAUCGUCGGUCCUUCACACUCAAUGUAAAUAUAUAUGCAGUAGAGGCCCCUCAUUCCAGCGGCAAAAACUACAUUUCCCAUCAGUCUCUCUUUUUCAGCUUUUCGGCUAGGAGGAUAUUGCUGCCUUUAAGUCAUGAUGGAAUUAUCAUAUUUGCGAGAUUUACAACCGAAGUGACAUUAUUAGCCGAGAAUCAUUGGUUUUGAUUAUAAGAAGUUUAGUUUGUACACAUUUAGUGUUAUUUCUUGUGUUUGAUAGGAAGUUAAAAAGAAAUGAUUUAAAGUACUUUUCAAACUCAUUGCAAAGUAUAGAAAAUAGAUGUAGUGUUGGAAAUUAAAGUAUUUGGACACUUUUUGGUUGUCAAUUGUUAGUUACUAAAAUAAACUACAGCUAUAGAUGUCAUUCAUCCGCUAAUACUCAUUUGAAACGUGCAAAUAUUUAGAAAAUUGAGAGAGUGCAACUUUUCAGAAUUAUUUGAAUGCAUCAUUGCAACUCAUAAGAGUGCAACUUUUCAGAAUUAUUUAAAUGCAUCGUUGCAACUCAUAAGAGUGCAACGUUUCAGAAUUAUUUGAAUGCGUCAUUGCAACUCUUAAGAGUGCAACUUUUCAGAAUUAUUUUAAUGCAUCAUUGCAACUCAUAAGAGUGCAACAUUUCAGAAUUAUUUAAAUGCAUCGUUGCAACUCAUAAGAGUGCAACGUUUCAGAAUUAUUUGAAUGCAUCAUUGCAACUCAUAAGAGUGCAACGUUUCAGAUUUAUUUGAAUGCAUCGUUGCUACUCGUAAGUAGGAACUUUCCACAAAGACUUGAAGGCAGCAGAAGUUUCUGGCAUCUCCUGGCCUGAAACGGUUCAUUGACUUCUUGUUGCUUGUGGAUAGCAUGUACCGGUUAGAAAUGUCCCUCUUGUGACCUCACUUCCUGCACCAACCCCGUUUUAACCCCCUGCACUGUGUACAUUUUAAUCUGCAAGGUUAACUGCUAUUACUUUUUUGGUGUUAAUAAUGAUUAUAAUGAUGAUGAUGAUGAUGAUGAUGACAAUGUUAAU